CCCUUGGUGGGAAAAUCCAUCUCCCCCAUAUCACAGUCGGAACUAAACAAAAAUGAAAAACUGACGACUUUUUCUCUAAUUCUCCUUUUUGCCCCCACUUUGGCCUUUUAUCUUUACUCGGCUUGGAGGUUCUCCGGCCAACACCCUCAACCUUUUGUUUGCUUUCUGCUUAAUGGAAGGACCAUAACCCCUCUCUCUCUUCUCUCUCUCUCUCUGCUUUUCCUGCUUCGAAUUUCUUGCCCUUCGGCGCAUCUCACAGCCUAAAUUGUUCUCCGCGACUGAAUAGCUCAAGCUUCUUCUGCUUAUUCAUUCGAAUGUACGCGUUCGUUCCGGAGACUGCUGACGAAAGGUCAAGGAAAACGAACAUAUUAGAAUAUGGCUUGUACGACUGGUCUGUGGUCACUGCUCAUGGAAGUCUAGUUUUGUUCAUUUGAAGGUUUUCGUUUCCGACUAAAUUAGGGCUUAGGUUGGGCCGGCUUAAUUUCAACUGUCGCUGAUCUGCUUAUUUCUUCAAGUAAGUUCAAGGGGGAAUUCUGGAAGUUUUGAAGCCUGAUGUCUCCACCAUUGUUAGGUGUUGAGGGGGAAUGUCAGGGCAGUGUCUCCAUAGUGGCUCCUUCAGCCUCCAUAGACUGUAUUUCUCAGAAUGGCUCAGGAUUAAAAGAGCGCAAUUAUCUGGGAUUGUCAGAUUGUUCUUCAGUGGACAGCUCUGCAGUCUCAUGUUUGUCAGAGGAUAAUAAGAGCAAUCUAAAUCUGAAGGCUACUGAGUUAAGGCUUGGUCUUCCUGGAUCCCAGUCUCCUGAACGAGAUCCUGAACUUAGCCAGUUGAGUUCAGGGAAAUUUGAGGAGAGGACCUUGUUUCCUUUGCUCCCCUCAAAAGAUGGAAUCUCUGCAUCAUCAGUAAAAACUGUUGUUUCAGGCCACAAAAGAGGUUUUUCUGACACCAUGAGUGGGUUCUCAGAGAUGAAAAAUUCUGUGUAUACUGAAGGAAAGUGGAUGUUUCAUGUGGCUGGAUCUGAUUCUGAAAAUCCAGAGUCUUCAGGACAAGGGAAAUUUCCUGGAAAUGGAGGAAUCAAUACAGCGCUUCCAUCUAGACCAUCUGGGACUCAAACAAACAUAAUGAAGGAAGUACCAUCAAAGGUGCCGCAGGAUCGAAACCGUGCUCCAAAUGGGGCUAGUCAUAAUGAAAUAAAGGCUUCUACCAACAAUAGCAGUACACCUGUUGCAAAGGCACAGGUAGUUGGUUGGCCUCCUAUCAGAUCAUUUAGGAAGAAUACACUGGCCACCACUUCAAAAAACAACGAUGAAGUUGAUGGGAAACCUGGUCCUGGUACCCUUUUUGUCAAGGUCAGCAUGGAUGGUGCGCCUUAUCUGAGGAAGGUAGACCUGAGGAUGUACUCUACAUAUAAUGAACUUUCUUCUGCUCUAGAGAAGAUGUUCAGCUGCUUCACCAUAGGUCAAUGUGGGUCACAUGGAGCUCCAGGGAAGGAACUGCUAAAUGAAACCAAAUUGAGGGAUCUUCUGCAUGGGUCAGAAUAUGUGCUAACAUAUGAGGAUAAGGACGGUGAUUGGAUGCUUGUGGGAGAUGUCCCUUGGGAGAUGUUUAUUGAAUCAUGCAAGAGGCUCAAGAUAAUGAAAAGUUCAGAUGCUAUUGGAUUAGCUCCCAGGGUAAUGGAAAAAUCAAAGAACAGGGACUAACCGGUGCAUGGAGUUGGAUAUGAUGACUUAUGUAAUCCUGAGGUGAAAAGCAUUCCUGGAUAUUAUGGGAAGAAGCAAGGUGAUGAGAUGAUAGAGGCUGGACUGCAGUUCAUCGUUUAGGUGUUAUUUUUACGUCUUACUGUGUUUUGCUAUGGAAAGAGUUUGAUGUUUAUUUAUGUGUCUGAAGUCUAUGAUUCGUUCGUUAAAAGACCUCCGUAUGAUAUCAAGAAGAUAAUGUUUGUGGAGUCAAUAUUUAUUAUGGGGAACUUCAGCUGUGCCUGUGUAUUUGAUGCGUGUGAUCAAGAACCUGGUGGGAACCUUGCUUUGCAGUUUGUGC